UACUGCGCGUAUGAUAUAACCUGCGCAUAAUAAAAACAUUAUGUAGAGCAUGCUCGCCCUUGUACCUUGUUGUUAUUUCUAAGCCGCACGGUGCUUUACUGGACGAAUUCGUAAAUGCUGAUGAAAUAAAGUAACCCGAAAAGUCAAUUGUUCACAAUUCGCGUGGGAUUUUGGCACAAAUAUUAAUCGUUGUAAUGGACCGGGUGGCCCAAGAGUUUCAUCGAAAUGUCGCCUUACUUGCAGAGUUGGUCGCACCCCAUGAUGAAUUUAAAAAACAUUUCAAAGAGGGCAUGUUUGAUAAGCCUAACACAUUGGGCUUCAUUCAUGUAUCGUACUACCUGUUGACAGUGCUCUAUAAAGAUGCCAAAAGUAAGGUUCAGUGGCCUGUUAUCUGUAAACAAACUGAGAAUAAAUUUCGCAAUGAUGUUAGAGAAUGUUUAAUGGUCAUCUCGGGUGAGAAUCCUGAUCUCAAUUUUCCUCCCAUUUUUGCCUCUCAUCUCUUGCUGGCAAGAGGUAGUAAAUUCUUAUUGAUUAUGUGGAAGUUUUCUCUAGCAGUCAUGCGCACAUAUUUACAAAGAGAACACCAUACUGUUCUUCCUUUUGCACCAAAGUCAGGUCCAUGCUCAGAAUUAACUAAAACAUUUUUGAAAAAUGUUGCACAACAGAAUAAAGAUUUAAUCUCAAAUUAUCGAAAGGAACGAGAAAACAUUCAAAACGAAACAAAAGACUUUCAGAGUCAGCAGCAACAACGGCAGACUUGUUUAAAAGAUGCAACUUUGAGGAAAAAAGAAGAAUUGAAGGAAGUAAUCAAUAAGGCUCCAGUGAAUGAAAGUGCUAAAAGAAAGUUGUUAGAUGUUAAAAAUAAUGAAAUAAUAGAAAUGUGGCUUAGCUUCAUCAAUAAAAGUAUCAAAACAACGCUGGAAAAAGAUAGUCAAUCUUUAAGAGAGUUGGAUGAAUUUUUAAAAAGCAUUAACAAUGUUGUCACCAAUUUAACAGGCAAUUCACAAAUAUUAAAUGGACUGUUAAUUGAGAAAAUCAAAGUUGAACCUGUUUAUGAAAUGGUACCUCCAGAAGCACAGGUGAUGUUGUACAAUAUGAACUGUAAAGAUGGUUUCAAUUUAAAAAACCUUUUUUCUGUAUUCACUUCAUUAAUAAUGAAACAUCGAUUAACUCUAAAUGAUUCUUAUCUGAAAGAAUAUUCUAAGUGUAAUGUUCAAUUAGAAGUUAGUAAUCAUGAUUUAAAGGUAGCUAUCAAUCACUUCCAAAACUUGCAUGAUCAAGUCAAGUCAUUCUCUAUCAGUGGUAUCAAGAAUGGAGAAAUAUUUGAUGAUUCUCAAGGCAUUGAUACAACAAUGCCAGAAUUUUUACAAAAUAAAGUUCUGUUUUUACCUUCACCAUCAAUUCAAAUCAACAGCUAUUUUGACGGUCCAAGAAAUACAUAUCAAAAUCAGUUAAAACUUACUCCAAUUGAAGGUGCACAUAGAGAACUAUUUUCAAGACACAUACACAAUACAACAAAAGGAAUCUAUUCUUCUUGUAAAAAACCUCUUUUAGUUCAGCGAAUCAAUUUUGAUGAAUCUAAUGUUUAUGAUACAAGCUCAGAUAAAUAUUCAAUAUCACAAAAAUUCAACACACCUUCUAAACUUUUGAAAUCAAACUUCAAAAAUGUAGGAAAAUAUUCCCGCAUUUUUUCUGCUCGUAAACCAAAUGAUAGCAGAGUGAACAACAGUGUCAUGAUGAUGAUGUCAAGUACUGGAAAUUCAAUGUUACCAUUCAUAACAAAACCCCAUUGCAUAUCACUGAUGGAUUCGUGUAAUUCAAGUCAAGAGAUGUCACAAGAUCCAUUAUUGUUGAACCCUCAUUUAAAUUCAACCAUGGAUCCCAAAGUGAAGGAACAAAAGAAAAGUUCUCCAAAACCUAAUAGAAGACGCUCUAUUGGUGAUUUAGUGGAAAGGUACAAAAAAUUACUAAAACAUCGCGAUGAUACCAUACAACUGUCUGAUGUAACAAAAAAUGAGCCUCUGGGAGAAGAAUUAAUAAUAUAGUGUUAUUUAUUUAUAUAAUUUUACAUGUAAUGUAACAC